AUGUCGUCCACAGACGAAAAGCGCGAUUACUCUGAUGAGAAGGGUGUGGUCAGCACAGUCUCUUCAGACUCCCUGCCGUCCUAUGAGGAUGCAGCUGUUACCACAGGCGCGCCCACCGAAAAGGUCAGCCCGCUAGGUUAUCAUGUCGACGCUAUAAGUGUCAUCUUCCUGAACAUUAGCAAGAUGAUUGGUACUGGUGUCUUCACAACUCCUGGAUCCAUUUUGAAGGGAGUGGGAUCUGUUGGACUUAGCUUCAUCUUCUGGGUGAUAGGCUACUUCUUUGCCGGGGCUCAACUCGCGGUCUACCUGGAGUACGUUGCCUACUUCCCACAUCGCUCCGGUGCCGAUGUGGCUUAUCUUGAGAAGGCAUAUCCUCGGCCUCGGUUCCUUCUGCCCACCGUCUUCGCUGUCCAAUCCGUCCUUCUGUCCUUUAGCAGCAGUAAUGCCAUAGUCUUCGCCCGAUAUGUCCUCGUUUCAGCAGGUGUCACAGAAACGACAUGGAACCUUCGAGGACUGGCGGUGGGUGUCUACACCGUCAUUGUUCUGAUCGGUAUCGCAAGCACAAAAUGGUCCCUUAGGAUAUCCAAUGCAAUCGGUGUCGUCAAAGUGGUCACCCUCCUCUUUAUCGCCAUAACCGGUUUUGUCGUACUGGGAGGCCAUACCUCCGUCGCAGACCCGAAGGCAAACUUUAGGAACGCUUUUGAAGGAACCUCGAGCAACGGCAAUGGUCUUGCAACUUCUCUUGUGAAAGUUAACUUCGCCUAUUCUGGAUUCGAGAAUGCUUUCAACGUUGUGAACGAAGUCAAGAACCCUAUCAAAACGAUGAAGAGAUAUGCCCCCAUCUCCCUCACUGCUGUUUUUGUCCUUUAUAUGUUUGCCAAUGUUGCCUAUUUUGCGGCAGUGCCCAAGGAGGAAAUCAGAGAAUCCAAGGAACUCACAGCAAGUCUAUUCUUCAGAGCUGUCUUCGGCAACACUAGCUCGGUGAGGGCACUUGGUGCACUGGUUGCUGUCAGUAGUUUCGGGAACAUGUUGGCUGUCGUCAUCGGAUCUUCUCGAAUUAUCCGAGAAUGUGCAAGGCAAGGUGUCAUUCCUUAUCCUCAAUUCUGGGCCUCUACUCGUCCAUUCAACACCCCCCUUGGCCCCUACCUCAUCAAGUGGUUGUUGACCGUCAUUGUCAUCCUCGCCCCUCCCCCUGGAGACGCAUUCAAUUUCAUCGUCAACCUCCAAUCUUACCCUGCCAAUGUUUUCAGCUUCUUGCUUACCCUGGGUCUUUGGUUUGUGCGUAAGCGUCGCGCGGCCAUUGGAGCGCCUCGCGGAGAAUUUGUAGCAUGGAACGCCAUUCUCGUGUUCACUAUGGCCGUCAACGUUUACCUGCUUGCCUUACCCUGGGUUCCCCCAGAAGGAGGCAUCUACGCUGGUGACGUUAGCUUCUUCUAUGCAACAUACUGUAUCGUCGGUCUUGCCAUUCUUGGUGUUUCCGGAGCCGUUUAUGCGCUCGUGAUCAUUAUUUUGCCCAAGUAUGGCAACUACACCAUCCGCCAGCUUCUCGAGCGUCUUCCUGAUGGUGCCCAAACGAACCGACUUGUCAAAGUUCCCAACGACCAGCUCGCCGAGUGGGAUGCCACGCAUGAUGAACAUGGCGAUGUUAUCGAUCCCAAGACUGGGAAGCCUAUUUACCAAGAGGGUCAAGCUUCCCAGCCUCCUGCUUCUUACUGA